AUGUUGCGGGCCGGCAACAAUACGAGGCGGCCCUCAAACAAUGUGGAAAACUUGAAGAUGGCUCAGAAGCCGAUGGGGAAUGGCCCACUCAAGCCAGUCAACGCUCAGGGCCCCAAGCAGCAUCAGAUCGUCGCCAAACCAACUACCCACAUCCAGCAGCAGGCUGCCGGUGAAUCGACGCUGAAGACGAGACGCAUUAACAUCCAGGACAAUGAGAUCAAGUGCGCUGAAUUGGCUCCGGAUAUAUACAAGUACCUUGUGUACCACGAGAAGCAGUUUGUUCUGGCGGAAGGAUACAUGGACGGCGGCGAGCCAACAAGCAAAAUGCGUCGUAUUCUUGUGGAUUGGCUCGUUCAAGUUCAUCUGAGAUUCCAUCUUCUCCCAGAGACUCUUCAUUUGACCAUCUUCAUCCUGGACCGUAUUCUUGCCAAGAAGACCAUCGCCAAGUCUGACCUUCAACUUCUCGGUAUCUCUGCCAUGUUCGUCGCUUCGAAGUUCGAGGAGGUUUUUCUUCCGGACAUCUACGACUACGAGUUCAUCACCGAGAACACCUUCACCAAAAAACAGAUUCUGGCCAUGGAACAGACUAUCCUCAACUCCCUGCAAUUCGAUCUCUCAUGCCCAUCAUCCCUUGUCUUCGCCCGUUGCCUCUCCCGAGUUCUCUCCGAGGAUGAGUCUAACCCAGUCGACCAACAAGCUUUCUACUACGCCUAUAACAUCAGCAAGUUGCUCGGAGAGCUCGCUCUCCUCGACUCGGUCAUGUCAUCCGUCCCAAAGUCUCACAUUGCCAUUGCUGCGAUGAUCAUUGCCCUCAAUGCUCACCCAGUCGCCGGAAUCGACCCAAAGAAGGCUCAGGAGGCUGUGAUCAACCAGCUCGAGGCCAAGACUGAGGAUAUUAAUGAGGCCAUCUCUCUUCUCGCCCAGGUUGCUUUCAAGAACUUCAAGCAGCCAAAGCUUGUUGCCAUUAAGAACAAGUACCAAUCGACGAAGCUCGGAAGUGCCUCGACACACCUGACCGAUGAGGUUUUGGACAAGAUCGAAGCCAUGGGAAGGCAGAAUUGA